AUGUCUUCAAAUGACGUUCUCAAUGUCAAUACAAGCUCGUACAACCAUCUCCAUCUAGCAUUUGCCACCCUCAACCCAGACUUUUCAAUCAAUGUCACUCAAAUACAAGACCAAUUUGAUGCAUUCGUCUCAAUGACUGGGGUUCAGCGAGUUAUCAGCUUUGGAGGCUGGGAGUUUUCGACUAGUGCUGCGACCUAUGAACUCUUUCACGAAGCUGUCCGGCCGGCUAACCGGGCCACAUUUACGAAUAAUGUGAUUGACUUUUUGAAUGACCAUAAAUUAGACGGCCUGGACUUUGACUGGGAGUAUCCUGGAGAGCCUGAUAUUCCGGGAAUCCCCGCAUUGUCUAAGGAAGACGUGCAAAAUCUUGCGGACUUUAUGACAGCUUUGAAGAAAAACAUGACUACACAUGCUGCUGGGAAAACUCUCGCUGUGACGGCACCGGCAUCAUGGUGGUAUUUGAAAAACAUUCCUAUCGAUGUCCUUGCUCAAGCAUCCGAUUAUGUUGUCUAUAUGACAUAUGAUUUGCACGGCCAGUGGGACCAUGGAAGCGCGUUCUCUGACCUCGGCUGCUCGAAAGGGAACUGCUUGAGAUCGCACGUCAACUUGACAGAAACUCUGAAUGCUUAG